GUGCUCAUUGGUGAUUUAUAGAGAAUUUUGGGAAUUUUAGGGUUCUUUGGUGGAUUAGAGAUUUUGGGAUUUUUUUGGGGCGGCGUUUAAUUAUCGUGAAUUAAUUAACCCUUCAUUAACAACUCAUUAACAUUUUCGCCUCCACAGCGCCACCGCGUGGUCACCGCUGGCAUCGCCGCCACCACCACAGCACCACCUCCAAAUGAAUUACCCCACCAAUUAACUAAUUAACCACCCAACUAAUGAAUUAAUUAACCCAACGCCAUGAGGAUCACCCCCUGCCAGGCCGCCCUGGCCGCCGCCAUCGCCCUCAACCUCCGCCUGCUGCGGCGCAUGAGGGACGCGCUGGAGGCCGCCUCGGAUGCCACCGUCAGGGUGGUGGCGGCGGCCGUGGGGCAGCGGCGGCCGCGGUGCUUGACCGUGGAGGUGGACAUCAAGGCGUGGACGGUGCGCUACGGCCUCGCUGAGCACCAGAGCGACCCGCAGGGUGACCCGAAGAGUUUCCAGCACGGUGACCAGCACGGUGGCCAGCAGAGUGACCAGCGCGGCGAGCUCUGCGGCACGCUGGACGGCGCCCCGGCCGUCCUGCUGCUGCGGACGCGCGACCUCUUCUCGCUGCCCUUCCCGCUGGCGCGCCCCGUGGUGGCCUCGCUGUCCCUGCAGGCGGCCGCGCGCGGCUGGCGCCUGCUGCUGCUGCCGGCCGCCUCCCCGCUGGCGCCGCGGCCGCCGCCAUCCCCUCACGGCCAGUGGCGCGCCCGGAGCUCCCUGGACGCCCAGCGCCGGGCGCUGCUGGAGCGCUUCGGCCUCAAGCUGGAGGUGCUGCCCGACGGCUCGCGGCGCUGGCACGGCUGCGCCAAGGAGACGCCGCGCUGCUUCGGCACGGUGCGCUGGCAGACCCCCGAGUACCUGCUGGCCGGGCGCUGGACGCCGCCGUGCUGCCUGCGGGCGCUGCGGGCCACGGCGCGCCACGUGCUGGCCCAGCUGGAGGCGGCCGGCGUGCGGCACUGGCUGGAGGGCGGCACGCUGCUGGGCGCCGUGCGCCUCGGCGACAUCAUCCCCUGGGACUACGACGUGGACGUGGGGCUGUACCGCGACGACGUCCCCAAGUGCCGCUGGCUGGCGGCCGUGGCGGCCACGGGCCGGCCGGUGGAGGACCCGCAGGGGUUCCUGUGGGAGAAGGCGGCCGAGGGGGAGUUUUACCGCGUCCAUUUCAGCCGCUCCAACCGGCUGCACGUGGACCUGUGGCCGUUCUACGCCCGGCCCGGCGCCGCCGCCGCCGUCAUGACCAAGGACACGUGGCUGGGCCACCGGCAGGACGUGGAGUUCCCCGAGGCCUUCCUGGUGCCCCUGGGCACCGUGACGUUCGCCGGGGUGGCGGCCAAAGCGCCCAACGACCCCCGGGGCUUCCUGGAGCUCAAAUUCGGGCCCGGGGCCAUCGAGAACCCCGAGUACCCCAACCCCGGGGUCAGGAGGCUGGCACAGGACAUGGGCAAUAAAACAGCUCGGUGACAUCUC